CGGAAGUGCUUUUCUGACCCGCCGCGCCGCGCCGCGCCGCUGGAAGAUGGCGCUGGAAGCCAGCGACAUGGAAGACGGGCAGCUCUCCGACUCGGAUUCCGACAUGACGGUCGCAGCCAGCGAUAGGCCUCUCCAAGUGCCGAAAGUGCUAGAUGGGGACAGUGCUGUAAGGUCCUUCCAGAGCACUGCAACAGCCUGUGUACCAGUGUCACAUUAUCGGACUGUUAAAAGUGUGGAUUCAAGUGAAGAGAGUUUUUCUGAUUCAGAUGAUGAUAGCUCUCUUUGGAAACGCAAGCGUCAGAAGUGUGUUAAUCCUCCUUCCAAAUCGGAGCCUUUUCAAUUUGACCAGAACAGUGAGAAACCUCCUGUUGGUGGGGCAAAGAAAGUUAACAACAUAUGGGGUGCCGUACUACAGGAACAGAAUCAAGAUGCAGUGGCCACUGAACUUGGUAUCUUGGGAAUGGAGGGCACUAUUGACAAAAGCAGACAAUCUGAAACCUAUAAUUAUUUACUUGCUAAGAAACUUAAAAGGGAAUCUCAAGAAUGUACAAAAGAACUAGAUAAAGAACUAGAUGAAUAUAUGCACAGCAGCAAAAAUAUGGGGUCAAGGGAAGAGGAAAAUGGGCAAGGUCAUCUGAAAAGGAAACGGCCUGUCAAAGACAGAGUAGGGUACAGACUAGAAAUGAACUAUAAAGGCCGAUAUGAGAUCACAGAAGAAGAUUCUCAAGAGAAAGUGGCUGAUGAAAUUUCUUUCAGGUUACAAGAACCAAAGAAAGAUCUGAUAGCCCGAGUAGUGAGAAUAAUUGGGAACAAAAAGGCAAUUGAACUUCUAAUGGAAACUGCGGAAGUCGAACAAAAUGGUGGCCUUUUUAUAAUGGAUAUUUUCUACAUCGAAAAUCAAAAGGAAUAUGAAAAUAAAAAAGCUGCUAGGAAAAGGAGGACACAAAUAUUGGGUAAAAAGAUGAAACAAGCCAUUAAAAGUUUGAAUUUUCAAGAAGAAGAUGAUACAUCACGAGAAACUUUUGCAAGUGACACAAAUGAGGCCCUGGCCUCUCUUGAUGAGCCACAGGAAGGACAUGGUGAAACCAAGUUGGAUGCAGAGGAGGCCAUUGAGGUUGAUCAUUCUCACGAUUUGGACAUCUUUUAAGAACAUUUUGGACAUUUUGAGGAAUAGACCUUUCUAAUUAACAUUGUAAUAACCCAUUUUUAUUGAGAUUGCUUUGUUUUACUUGCACUGAUAAACAUGAGAAUCAGGAGAAAAGAGAACUGUUUCUUGUUUUAAAUAAAAAUUAAUAUAUGUGGAAAGAUGAAUACAAUUGAUAGAAACAUUUAAAGAUGGCUUAUGUCUGACACCAUACUUUAYAGUAUAUUACAUAGGAUUUAAUUUUCUCUGUUGCAUGUGCUGAUUAUUAAAAGUAUUUUACUAGUUGAUAAUUGGUUUUGUCCAGGUCAUUGUAACACACCACUCAAAAAUCUAAUUUCUUUUUCUGAUUUGUCUUUGUGGUAAAUUAUGCUUUGGUUUCAAAACAUUCCAUUAAAAGAUCCAGAUGGGACACAUAUAAUUAAGCUGUUAMAAAUGCAUUCAAAUUUGUUUUUUUCUAUAUUGUAAGAACUCUUAGGCAAUUUUAAGGAUAGAGACUUAAAAAAGGUUUAUAUUGAAGGUUCUUCCCUCUUGUUUAUGCAGAAGCAAAUAAAUAUCAGAAGCUUUUCAAAGAA